CUCUCAGCGGGAAGGCCACCGAGUUCCGGGGCCGGUUAGAUAACCGAGCGGCGGCAGCUGCUGCUCGGGGGCGGGAAGCACAAGCACGAUCGGGGCCUUCGAACCAGCUCCACCGGGCCAGAUGGCGAGACACCGGGAAGGGUCUGUCACAUUAAACUCCGGCCGGGUUCCCUUUUUUUCCGUUUUGAGUUCGCCGUCGCCGUGUUAUUCGGGAGAAGUGCGUGCCUGUGUGCGGAUAAGGAAGGUGUGGCACCGUGCCUUCUCUGUCUUUCGCCCUGGAUGCUCCAGCUCCCGCCGCCCCAACCGUCUUGUCUUUCUCUCCCUUCGCUCCUGAGCCGCUGCCGAGGCUGCGCGCGAGCUCACAGGCCCCGCCCCCAGACCACUGCCUAUUGGCCGAACCUCUACCGGCGUUCUGACCUCUGCCCCGGGUGCGCCUUCCGAUUGGACGUCCCUGGCGUUCAUCACCGCCCCUCGUCUCGAACGUCCGCCCACCCAUUGGACGACACCCAGACUCUCGUCCCGCCUUCCUGCCUCUCCCUGAUUGGUCUAAACGUGACGUCUUGUGAUUGGUUAUCCGAGGUGCUAAUCAUGGACCGGGUCCAUCGGUAACACUUCAGCGCGAGGCUAUUCGGCCCCUCUGCUUCUUAUGCAUGGUUCUAUUAUCAAGAAAAAUCAUGGUUGAUCUUUUGACACUGGUGAUGACACCCAUCCCUCUUGGGAGAUGAAGGACUGUGUUCAAGCUUCAUUAUUGAAUUCCUGCAAUUAGUUUUUGGCUCCUACCAUGGCAUUGAAAAGGCUCCUAUCAAAGUCGCAAUUGAUAUCCUGUUUGAUUGCAUAAAAGCGGCUUACAGAAAGAUUGACGCGUGUUGACCUGAGGGGAUCUAUAGUGUCCCCCUCUCUCCGGGACAUCCCAUCCUCAGCCCCCGGAUUCCCCAGGCCCUGGAAAAAUGUAUGACCGAGCUCCAAGGGAGACCAUCUUCGCCACGGCUCUGGGCAGCACAGGACCCAACGUGGGCCCAGCUUCCUACAAUGCGUGCGGUCACAAGUACUACUGCAUCUGUAAGGAAGGAGAUGGAUAUGCUCCCUUUAUGUCUUUGGCAAACCGUGAUUCUGUAUUCAAUGUUCCUGGUGCUCUCCUGUCUCCAGGCCCACAGCACUAUGACAUUCUUCCAGUUCAGGAACACGUCAAAGGAGGGCAGAGCAUGAAGAACAAGGAGGCUCGCUUCAAAACUGUUGGAGAUGACCUUCCAGGGCCUGGCACCUACAAUAUCUCCCCCAUGCGGUUAGCUGAGAAAUCGAUCAAAUCAUUUAAACCACAUUGCACAGCAGUGUCAAGCUGGUCAGUAAGUGUUCCAUCAAUCCCUUCAUCAAGUCAGUCAUAUGGCUAUGAAGAAGCUGAAGAUGGAGCUCUCUCCAGGCACUUGCCCCCUUCCAAAGAUGGGAUCCUUGGUCCUGCAUAUUACAAUCCGCAAUAUAAUGAGCCAUACCCCACUCGGCAGUAUAAGGGAGUGCAUUUUGGUAACCGCACUUCAAAACGGAUGGAAUUUAAAGUUCAUGAGGGCCCUGGGCCUGGGACGUACGAUCUCCUGAAGGACAAUGCCGUUUAUUGUGAAAACCUGAACAUGAAGAAUAAAGAUCAGAAAUACGAAUCUCACAUCCCCCGAUACCUUGAUGCAGUCGUACAAGAGGAGGAGAAGAAGGGCUUCCCUGGACCGGCAAAAUACGAAAUAAAAGGCCUGUUUGAUGAAAAGACCUGCCGUUUUGAUAAACUGAGUACUCCACAUCCACCGUUCUUGUCCCAGACUAAGAGGUUUAUGCCUGUAAAAUCCAUCACCCCAGCUCCAGGAUGGUAUGAUGAUCCACGGACAGCCCUACAGUCCUUGAAGAGGAUAUCGACGAGAGGCAAAACGGCUUUUGGUCAGAAUGCUGCGAGAUUUGUCGAUGACUGGCGCACAGCGGGAGAGCCAGGUCCGGGGACCUACAACAUCACGAACCACACUCUGGCUCGAGAAAGUGAAAGGAAAGCCAGUUUUGAGAACCCAUUAAGAGGAGGAUUUGGAUCAUCAGCUCCCCGUUUGAAAUCUGCCGACUCAAAACAAAGCAUGCCAGGUCCAGCUGAUUAUAAGAUUCAGGAAAAAAGUCACCACUUUCACAGAAAACUGAGAACUUCGUCCUUUGCUUCGAUGACAGAGAGACUUCCUGUUACAGGACCCCAGUCUACUUCCUCUCUGCGUCUGCACCUGGACACUGAUUAUCUUCAGCCUCCAGCUUUCCUUGUGGCUGUUCUUUUGCUCUGUCAACCACAUGGUUUCUUGUUUAUCACUUGGCUGAUGGAGAAAUGUAUCGACAAUUUCUACAUUUGA